AAAGUACCUAAGUUAAUAAUAAAACAAUAUUGUCGAUUAAAUGUUUCUCACUUCAUCAUUCAUGAAAUAUACAAACAAAUAAUAAUUGCUUAACAAAAAUUAUAAAAUUAAUAUUAAUCGAAUCACUACUAAUUUAAUCAAAUCUGUCGAGAAAAAGAAACACAAUUUUCUCACAAUUACAAUACACAAUAUUAUAAUGAUUAAAAAUAUGCUGUUAUGUGUUUCACGUAAGACAUAAUGACGAAGAAGAAUAUUUAUAUUUUAUUGAAUGUAUAUUAUUAAUUAUCAGACGCUAUUUUAAUAAAUAGUGAAAUUUCAACGAUGCGUUACUCACUUCAAAGACAGCAAUGUUACGCAAUAUAAAAGUGCAACUAUGUUGAAACUCGUCAUGUACUUUCAACCCCUUUGCAUUUGAACAUCAUUGACUGAACCCUCGGACAAGUGAUGACUGGGGGACAGUCAAUCCGUCGCGUAUGCACGCUUAGUCAUACAUUAUAGAGACACAAGGACACGCAUCUACACGCAAUGUUAGAAUCAUUACUCCUCGCGCUUGCGUCGCGCUCGCGUAUGUCGUCGGGACAACCGGUCGCGUGUUUCAGUCAACGUUACACACCACGAGCGGCAGUAUGCACAAUCGAUCCCGACAUUCAGAACGGGCACGGCAGAUGCGCAAUACGCAUUAUGAAAAUGACGUGCACUUUACCAUGCAACUGUGCCGAUGGGUCCUGAAACCGAUCGGCAUCUGGCACCCGAUCUAUGGCCAAGCAUCGCGGUACGACAAGUUUAUUUCGGUAAUCCUGUUCAUCAUAUGCUUAGCCGCUCUAUGCUUCGUCCUGAUACCGUCCGGUAUAUACACUGUAUUUCGCGCCAAGGACAUUAACAUCAGAAUCAAGCUCAUCGGCCCAGUCGGGUUCUGCUUGACCACCACGAUUAAAUAUUGCUACCUCGGAGUGCGUGCCGCAUCUUUCGGGAAGUUUAUUCAUCAUGUGGAGGAUGACUGGCGGAUUGUGCAGGAUAAGGAUCAUCGCGAGAUCAUGUUGAAGAACGCUUUUACGGGUCGCAGGCUCACUUCACUAUGUGCGCUUUUUCUCUACACUGGCGGAUUGUCUUACACCACGAUCAUGCCAUUAUCUUCCAGAAUAAAGAUCAACGGCACUAUCAUCAGCAGGCCGCACACCUAUCCCGGCUACGAUAUAUUCUUCGAUCCCGAGACCAGUCCCACUUAUGAAAUCGUGUUUUGCAUUCAUUGUCUGUACUCGCUGAUCACGUACAACAUCACCACGGCGGCAUGCAGUUUGGCCGCGAUCUUCGUGACACACGCGUGCGGGCAAGUGCAAAUAUUGAUGACGCUGUUGGAUGACCUGGUCGAGGGAAACAAGAACAAGGAUACAACCGUGGACAACCGUUUGAGCAUAAUAGUGAGGCAUCAUGUGCGAAUACUGAGAUUUUCAGAAGACGUGGAAGAAGUACUACGUGAAAUAUUUUUAAUGGAAUUGAUGACUUCCACUAUGAUCAUAUGCUUGCUCGAGUAUUAUUGCUUGACGGAAUGGGAAAAUAGCAACGCCGUAGCGAUCUUAACGUAUUGCAUUCUGUUGGUAUCCUUUUCGUUCAACGUUCUGAUAUUUUGUUAUAUCGGCGAAAUCCUUAUGGAACAGUACACCAAAAUUGGUUUAGCUGCAUAUGGUGUCAACUGGUAUGAUUUAUCUGGAAAUAAAGCUAUCAAUCUUGUAAUGAUCAUUACGAUGUCGCAUUACCCACCCAAACUUACAGCUGGCAAAUUCGUCGAUUUAUCCAUAAAUACCUUCGGAGUUGUGAGUUUCUUAUAUUAUCAUAUAUAUUAGGUGCGCAAAUAAAUUCGGUGCCUUUACAUUUAAUCAAUUAUAACUUCAGUUUAAAUUCAAAUAUCUUCCCGUUGUUUAGCGCAUUUUAAAGCGCCAAUCUUAAUAGCUUGGCGAAGCGGACAUCACAACUUUACAAAACAGUAUCGAACACGAUGUUGUCCGAUAAACAGCAUAUCAAAUAUUGCAUUCUUUUUGCUUUCCUAUUAAAAAAAAUGCUGCUGAUGCUGCAAAUAUGAUUUGCUCACCUUUGGAGAAAGAUGUUGUAACGCAUAAAACCUACAAAAAGUGGUACGUAGGCUGCUGUAAAAGUUUCUACAAUCUAGUACUUCCAAUGGCGUCAAUGUUCUGCUACUAUCAUAUCCGUAAAAUUAGACGUUUCUAACCUAUAAUUCAGUUAACAUUUUAUACCCAGCCAACUAAUUUUGUUUGCACAGUAUUUUAAAAGAAGUUAUUUUGUGAGAAAAUGGAAAUUUCGCGUGAAAAAAUUUUCGGGCAAUGAUUUUUUACGAUUACAAAUGUAGUCUAACUCAUAAACAAUGCAUCGAUCGACUUCAUUUGGCUUUUGGGGAUGAAGCACCAUCCAAUAGGACUGUUUAUAAUUGGUUUGUUGAAUUCCAGCGUGGACGCACAUUUCUUAGUGACAAAUUUCGUGAAGGUCGUCCAUCCACGUCUGUUGUUACCAUUAAUGUUGAUGCUGUACGUGAAAUAAUUGAGCGAGAUCGGCAUGUGACAUACCGCAAGAUUCCUUGGCAUCCUUGGCCAUGAUAUGAAAGCAAUACGAUUUUGCAUAAUCAUUUGAACGUACGGAAACUUUGCAGUCGUUGGAUCCUACACAAUUUGACUGAAGCUCAAAAAUAGGCUCGUGUUAAAUGUCAUGUAAAAUGUCGAAUUGAUGAAAAAAAGUCAUCAGGUGAUAAAUCAGGUGAAUACGGACAAUGUGUCCU